AUGACUUCAGUGGGUGUAGCACCUACUUCUGGCUUGAGGAAAUCCAGCAGCCAUGCAGUGGGGGUUGAUACAUUGCCUGAGGAGAUGAAUGACAUGAAAAUCGGGGAUGACAAGGAUAUGGAAGCAACAGUUGUUGAUGGUAAUGGGACGGAGACAGGCCACAUAAUAGUAACAACUAUUGGUGGUCGAAAUGGCCAGCCAAAGCAGACAAUCAGUUACAUGGCCGAACGAGUUGUUGGUCACGGAUCAUUUGGAGUAGUGUUCCAGGCCAAAUGCUUAGAGACAGGUGAAACAGUUGCGAUAAAGAAAGUUCUUCAAGAUAAGAGGUAUAAGAACCGAGAGUUACAAACAAUGCGUAUUCUUGACCACCCAAAUGUAGUGUCUUUGAAGCAUUGCUUCUUCUCUACAACCGAAAAGGAUGAACUAUAUCUUAACCUGGUCCUCGAGUAUGUCCCUGAAACUGUUCAUCGUGUUAUCAAACACUACAAUAAGCUGAACCAAAGGAUGCUACUGAUAUAUGUAAAGCUGUACACUUACCAGAUUUUCAGAGCGUUAUCAUAUAUCCAUCGUGGUAUUGGAGUGUGCCACAGGGACAUCAAGCCUCAAAAUUUGUUGGUGAAUCCACAUACGCACCAGGUUAAAUUGUGUGAUUUUGGAAGUGCCAAAGUUUUGGUCAAAGGGGAGCCCAAUAUCUCUUAUAUCUGCUCUAGGUAUUAUAGAGCACCUGAACUUAUUUUUGGAGCGACAGAGUACACUACAGCUAUUGACAUUUGGUCUGUUGGCUGUGUGCUUGCUGAGCUAAUCCUGGGACAGCCUCUGUUUCCUGGUGAGAGUGGAGUGGACCAGCUUGUGGAGAUUAUUAAGGUUUUGGGUACUCCAACCAGGGAAGAAAUAAAAUGCAUGAAUCCUAACUAUACUGAGUUCAAAUUUCCACAAAUCAAAGCUCAUCCUUGGCACAAGAUAUUCCAUAAACGCAUGCCUCCGGAAGCUGUUGAUCUUGUUUCGAGACUGCUGCAGUACUCUCCUAAUUUACGUUGCACAGCUCUGGAUGCCUUGACUCAUCCGUUUUUCGAUGAGCUACGCGAUCCAAACACACGCCUCCCAAAUGGACGUUUCCUUCCUCCAUUGUUCAAUUUUAAACCUCUUGAGUUGAAGGGCGUACCAGUUGAGACCCUGCUGAAGUUAAUUCCCGAGCAUGCCAGAAAGCAAUUCCCCUUCCUGGGGUUAUGA